UAUAAAAUUUAAAAAAAAAACAUAGAAUUUUAUUCAGUAUAUAUGUAAAAACGGUGAUGGUACAAUUCCAUGACGAAAAACUUCAUUCAGAAAAUAACAAACAUGAUACAAUUGUUUCUUUUGGUGAUAGUAAUGGUAGCUGGGGUGCAAGGCGAUGCAGCGGACAACCAAAUCGUUGAGUUCAAAAAAAGGACAAAGGGCCCUAUUGCUACUAUGACUACAGCUGCAGGAGCACCCAUCGAAGAAGAAGACACAACAACUUUAAACAAGAAUUUGUUUAACAACGAGUUUUUUAUGGACACCGUCACGCACAUCGUCAGAGAAAGAAUACCCGAACGUCUUGUCCACGCAAAGGCCAGCGGUGCAUUCGGUUAUUUCGAAGUUACGGACGAUAUAACUGAUAUAUGCAGAGCGAAAUUAUUCAGUAAAGUUGGCAAGAGAACUCCUGUUGCUGUAAGAUUGUCUACAUCAGCUACUCAGCGAGGUAGUAUUGACACAUCCAGAGAUAUUCGUGGAUUUUCCAUUAAAUUCUAUACAGAAGAUGGUAACUUUGACAUAGCUGGCUUUAACACCCCUAUGUUCAUGUAUAAAGACCCCGUCCAGUUUUCUUCUCUAGUGCGCUCAUUUAGAAGGAACCCGUCAACAAAUUUAUUUGAUAAUAAUUCCCUUUGGGACUUUCUGACGCAGUUACCAGAGCUUUUAUUUAUUUAUUUGAUAAUAUUUGGCGACCGAGGAAUCCCUGAUGGCUACCGACAUAUGCCUGGGUUUGCUAUUCAUACGUACCAAGUUGUAAAUAAGCACGGGGAAAAUCAUUUCAUUAGGUUCCACUUCCAACCAGAUGCAGGUAUUAAAAAUCUUAGGACUGAUGAAGCGAGAAGGAUAGCGGGCUCUGAUCCAGAUUACGCAACAAGAGAUUUAUAUAAUGCCAUUGCAAAAGGAAACUUCCCUAGCUGGACGGCGAGUAUUCAAGUCUUGACUGAGAGUGACGUUAAAAAUGCAACCUUCGAUGUCUUCGAUGUUACAAAAAUACUGCCGCUAGACAAGUAUCCAUUGCGUCCAUUAGGCCGUUUGGUUUUGAACAGGAACCCUGUUAAUUUCUUUGCAGAAGUUGAGCAGUUGGCGUUUUGUCCUGCGAAUUUGGUUGAUGGUAUUCUUGGGGGACCAGACAAGGUAUAUGAAUCUCGCCGUUUGGCAUACAGAGACGCUCAAUACCACCGUUUGGGUGGAAACUUUUUGAAAAUACCUGUAAACUGUCCAAUGCGACAUAGAGCAUUUCCAUACAACCGAGAUGGUAUGCCUCCAGUUAAUGACAAUGAAAAAGACACACCAAAUUACUAUCCUAACUCAUUCAAUGGACCUGUUCCUUAUAAAAGUAAGUAUAGAAUGGAUUUGAUUAAGAUACAGGAAGAGGCUGCAAAUAAUUAUGAUCAAGCUCGAGACUGGUAUCUCAAUGAAAUUAGACCUUCAGAGAGGAAGAGGUUAGUGCAGAAUAUCGUGGAUAGUUUGAAACCUGCUGCGAAGUUUUUGCAUGACAGGGCUGUGGAUGCAUAUACUCGUAUACAUCCAGAUCUAGGGGCACAAGUAAGGCAAGGUCUGCUAUCAAACAGUACCGGGAAUAUGUAAAAAAAUCUGAAUUAUUUUUUUUAGUUUUCUUGUUAACUUCAAAAAUAAAAUCGUUGCCUCAUUCUUAGCAUCAUGUUUUUAUCAUUUUAUGUAUUACAUGUCUUUUGUCCAUUUACCUCAACUGAGAUAUUUUUGAAAUCGGUUAUUAAU